GAGACAUUUUGAGCGCUUUAGCCACCAUAUCACCAUUGGAAAACCAUGAGAAGGCUGCUGCUGAGGUCUGGUUGUGCGGUGCCGAUUUUCUCCAGGAAUUUCCACCCACAACAGCACAGUACACCGGUGCUUGUGCUUCCCUUUCUCAAGGACAAAGAGCUUCUGAUGAAGGUGUUCCAUAGGGAUCGUUCACUGCCGUUCAACACCCUGAGGGACGUGCUGGGGUUCAAGUAUACCGACCCGGAUACUGUUGAGCUUGUGAGGCACUCGUGGCUGGAUUUCGUCACGAUGAACGAGGAUGUGGGUGCGUUGCAAGAGGGAUUGCACGACUGUGGAGAUGAGGACAAGUUCUGGAGCACGAGCAUAAGGAUCGCCAAUAGCUCGCCGAUGGUUAUGAAGGCAUUGGUGGAGAUAUGGGGCGAUGAUGUGAGGAGGGCCGAAUUGCCGGUACCGAAUGAUCUCCUGGAAACGUUGAUUGCGUCUUUGAUGUACCAUGAGAACUUUGAAAUGUCAUCAAAGCUGGUUUCCAGAUGCUUGAACAAUGAGAAGGCUAUAAACUGGAAACCAAUGGUUGACGUUGCAAUAUCCUUCCACAAUCCAACUCCGUUGGAGUUCUUAGCUAAGAUAUGGAGUUCGAACACGUCUCCAGAUAUCUACUUACAGGUGAUGCCACAUUUGAGAUCAUUGGGAUUGAAAGAACCGUACCUCAACAGAUGGAAUAACUCGUUAGUAGGUAUAGGCGCGUUCCCAAGAGACUCGAGUAUGCCGUUAAACGUUGAGUUGAAAUCUCAAUUGGACACUGCAAACCUUCGAAGCUUCCAAAAUUGUUUGAAAAACCUUGCCAAAUACGAGAAGGACCCGCAUUGGCUGAAGAAUCCAACUUCUCUACUGUUUCUUCGGUAUAUCCUCGAGAGCAAGGAUCAAUUGGAUGCUCUGAAGACUGCACUGGACUCAUGCCAUGUCGAUAGCUUCAAUAUGUCAUUUUGGAAGACCUUGUACAUAUACUCAUCUAUCCCAUUUGACGAAUUGGAUCAACGACUGCGCCAAACCAAGUUCAGCCCAGAAAACACAACCAUUGUGACUGCAAAGUUAAGAAGAACUUCUAAAGAGAAGCCAGCCGAGUUCUGGACGAUGCUUGCCUCUGAAUCGAGGGCAGACGUGAUUGGUAAAUCCUAUCUACCGAUACUCGUGGCUACGAUUCAGUGUUCCACUUUGGAGAAGGCCAUGGACCUGGCUUUGCAUGUUCUUUCGCUGGACUCUGUGAAUAACAAAUUUGAAAUUUGUAAAGCAUUUAUUGUCGAAUCUACCAAGGUCAUCAAGGACGACCCCAAGAGAAUUGAACAGAGCAUGGUUUUAGACCAAUUUGAAGAGUUUCUAAAGGAAAACAUGCUAAUGAACGAUGAAUUAGAAAACUACUUCAUCUUUUCCGAUCUUUCCCUGAAGCAUUACGACUCUGCCGUCGAGAGAUUGGAAAUGAUGAUUGAGUCCAAGAGAACCAUCGAUGUACGGACUUUGGAUCAUCUCCUGAAGGUGCUGUCAUGGAUGAGGAAAACUCACAAGAGAGAGGAUAUCAUUGAAAACAUGUUCAGAGCAACAGUCAGUGCAUUGGAACAGUGUAAGGAUAUUCCAUCAAAGACAUGGAACGGCAUCCUGAUGGAGGUUGGCGAACACUAUGAUAUGGCGAUGAUCCGAACCUUUCUCCUCCGCACCACGGAGCUCGUCAGCGCACAAUGCCACUUGAACAUCCAUCCAUCGAACCCAAACCACCCUCUGAGACAGGUUUUCAACGACAAGCUGACAUAUUCGAUUCUGGACUGGGGGUUCAUCAAGGAGCCAGAGAACCCAUGGGCAGGCUUAGACCUCAUAAGGGAGCUGGAGACAAAGGGCAUAUACUUCCAAGAAAACCUCAUAAAGAAGCAUCUGCUGAAACUGACGAGGAUACUGCACAGGAUACCAACGGUGGAGGAGGAUGGUCGAAUCCCUCAGAGGCUAUUCGAUGCCAUGAAGGGGAGAAUAGUGAGUGGUGAUGUUGAAACCACGAUAAACGCACUGAACGAGAUGUCCAAAAGGAAUUAAGCAUGGACUUUCUAUUUAUUAAUCUAUUUAUUCAUUAUUUAUAUAUGACGAUC